CCAUCCUCAUUCCUGUCACUCAUCGUCUUAAUUCCCUCCACCCACUUUUAAUCCGAGUUUACCUGCUCUGAGUCACUCACAGGGAAAAACAACCGAACCACUUCAAUUCUGUUAUUGUCGUCCGGAUGCAUAAACAACAAACAAACACUCACAUGAUCCACAUGGCAGUAAAGUGUUUUUUACUGAGUAAAGGAUCAGGUCCUGAAGUGUUAUUAAUGCACUCUCAGGAGCAGAGCAGGUAGCCGUGCAUUCACAUGUAUCAGCUCAGUAAACACACACCUAGUGUGUGUGUCGUGUAUUUACACAGUGUUUCAGUUUAUAGAGGGGCACAUCAGAAAUAACUGCGUGUUCUUUGUUCACAAUGCUCACAUGUCAUCCAUCAUUACCUGUGAAACCACCUUGCCAAGAAGGCAGGGGGCGGGUCUUAACUUCUUUAUUUCAGAGUGUUUGAACAAUUUGUACUUCCAUAACCGCUAGAGACAGCCAGGUAUCCAUCUGGUCUACAGACGACCAGGUAUCCAUCUGGUCUACAGACAGCCAGGCAUCCAUCUGGUCUACAGUAAGGACCGUGCAGACAUGUAUCUAUCCCCCACGGACGGCGGCGGCAGCGUGUCCAUGCUUUGGUACAAGAAGUCCAAGCCUUUGGGGAAGGUAAAGAGAAGGGUGCAGGACCUCCGCACAUCUUGCUCUUCUUCCAAUGGACACUAUGUCAGCGAUCCCAGGCAGGACCUGAGCCACAACGAGGCUGCCCGGCUUGCAAUGGACUCCCUGCUGAGCCGAGGUUUGGAGGGAUACAACGAGGUGCUGAACGCGGAGGGAGAGGUGGACUUUCUGUCGGAGAUGGAGAAGACUUACAUCCUGGAGCAUGCGAAGGACAGCAGCACAGGUGCGGAUCCUGAGGCAUCCGACAAAGAGUCAGAUGCUGACACCAAGUCCACCUCACACCGUCCCACACUGUCCUCACACAGUGAUCUCACUGUGUCAGGCUUGGACCGCAGCAGGCAGAAAGGUGUGACAAAGAAUGGUCCAGCUCUGGGUGGUUUCAAGAUUUACUUCCAGUGUGACCACAGAGCGUGUGGGAUGAAGGACUCGGUCAUAGAGCUCAUCAGAAAGGCUGAAACGGUCCUGGCCAUCGUGAUUGACAGCUUCAGUGACAUGGAGCUGCUAUUUGACCUUCUGGAGGCAUGUAAAAAGAGGAAGGUGUCUGUUUACCUGCUGCUGGAUCAUCUCAACCUUGACCAUUUCGUCAGCAUGUGGAAGAACCUCAAACUGGACAGCAAGAAGUUCCCUACAUUAUCAGUGCGCAGCGUCGGUGGACAGACCUACUGUGCCAAGACAGGCCGGAAACUGACGGGUCAGAUUGCCGAGAGUUUUGUCAUCGCUGAUUGGUCAGAGGUGCUGACUGGCUCAUUCAGUUUCUCCUGGCUGUCGUGGCAUGUGUAUCGCAGUCUGGUUGUUCUUUUGAGGGGCAGCAUGGCUGAAGGUUUCCAGCAUGAGUUCUACAGGCUGUACUCCAGCUCCAAACCAGUCCCCGGGUUUAUCGACAUCUCCCUGCCUUGUGCUGACCCCCCCGACACCACAUUAGAAUCCACUCAGGACAAGAAAAGUGCUGUCACUGAGUCAGAAGAACAUCAGACUAAAACAAUGUGUCUGAAGGAUUUGGUUGAGGAUGCCCGUGACACAGAGAUGAAACCAAAAAUGCCAGAUUUACCUGAAAGCCAAAGCCCUGAAUUGGAGAGCAGCGAAGGUGAUACCAAGCCUCCACAGAAAACAGAAACUGCUACAGAAGUUACUGAAAAACCUGCAGAGAUGAAGCCAAAACCUCUACUGCAAAGUGCACCUGUGGAGAAGCCAAAGAACACAGUGGGCGCAAUUUGCACGCCACAUGAUGCACAAACAAAAGUGGAACCUCUGGAGAAAGAAGACAACAAGAUCCAGACUCAGGACGCAAACCCCCAGUCCCCGUCUGAAAGUCUUACCGUCAUCCCAGAAGCUGAAAGCAAAGUGAAGGUCGAAGAGUCAAACCCACAGCAAACUGCAGACAGACAGCAGACCUGGUACCAACCGACUCUUCAGAGGAAUAGAGAUGGAUCACAAAGACGACACUGGAACUGCUCCCUAGACUUCAAACCAAAUAAUGACUUCGUACCUGAUCUCCCCAGCCCGUUGUCCCCAGGUGCCAGCUGGCGUCAGCAGGUGAGCCCUACAGCCAGACCGAACUGGAUGCCCCAGAGUCGCCAAAACUCCUACGAUUCUAACUACAGGACGGGACUGAACACAAGCGCACAGGCCGGCUGGAGGCCAUUUCAAAGCAGUGUGUAUACAGGAUUACAAAGGAGCAAAAGCAUGAACGACAGACACUCGGCAGGCUUCAGCAGAGCAGGUCGUCACCUCAGUAUGAGCUAAAUCUGACAGAAAUAAUCAGAUCGGGGUCUAACAGAAUUCUUCAUCCUUAUGUGCAUGACGCUCAAAAUGAUCCAGCUCAAUAACAUGUCAGCCGUACAUGUGAGGUUUGUUUUUCUCUGCUGUGUAAUGCUUCUGAGGCGAUUUCAACCUACUGUGUUAUAAUCUCUAUAAAGACAAAAAGGUGAGAACAAUUUUGCUGAGCUUGAUUUUGAAGGUAUGGAAUCGUAAAUAUGACAAAGCCACUCCCUGAACUCAUAAAAGUUAGCUUCUUCACUACUGUUGUAAGGUGAGCUACAAGAAGGAACAGCAUUGUACUUUUAUUGGAAGGCUUAUAAAACUACCUUCACUACCUUUCUUGUAUGACUGGAUUGCCAGAUUUUGCUUUUGUUGUAGAUUUUGCAGGUUGACAGGCAGGUAAGCCAUAAAACCUUUGAAAAGGCUGGACUGACGUCUUAAAGGCCUCCACCUUUUUUUUUUCUUUGUUUUUCUGUAUCUGUAACUUUUGUUUCAUCGAUUGUUGCAUGUAGAGAAUUCUAACAAAAAACCACAACAACAAAUAAAGUAAUGCAACAGCCUGA